UGUAUUAUGUCAAAGUCAGUGGUCAUGACACUUGACAGAAAUAGUUACGACAUUCUAUUAGUCCUUUUGACAAAUCUUUUCUUUCUGACCCAGACAAGAUGGGUAUCAGCCGUGAUCACUGGCAUAAGAGGAGAGCUACGGGCGGUAAGCGCGCCCCAAUCCGUAAGAAGAGGAAGUACGAGUUAGGUCGCCCGGCUGCUAACACUAAACUUGGCCCACAACGAAUUCAUUGGGUCCGUUCUCGUGGAGGAAAUACUAAAUACCGUGCAUUACGUCUUGACACCGGUAACUUUGCUUGGGGUUCGGAAUGUGCCACUCGUAAGACUCGUAUCAUAGAUGUAGUAUACAAUGCAUCUAACAACGAGUUGGUGCGUACGAAGACUCUUGUUAAGAAUGCUAUAGUGGUAGUUGAUGCCACCCCUUUCCGCCAGUGGUAUGAAUCCCACUACCUUCUGCCUCUUGGAAGAAAGAAGGGUGCUAAACUGACUGAAGCUGAGGAAGCCAUUAUUAAUAAGAAAAGAAGUAAGAAGACCGCAAAGAAAUAUUUGUCCAGACAGCGCCUUUCCAAGGUUGAAGCUGGUUUAGAAGAACAAUUCCACACUGGACGUUUAUUAGCCUGUGUGGCGAGUCGGCCAGGCCAAUGCGGUCGCGCCGAUGGUUACGUAUUGGAAGGCAAAGAGCUCGAGUUCUACUUAAGAAAGAUCAAGUCUAAGAGGGCGAAGUGAUAUGUGUAAUUAAAUAACGCAAAAAACCACUUGUUUUAUUUAUUAAACAUUAAUGGAGA